CUCAUCGCCUGCGAGCAAAAACGCGGUGUGCUACGUGCAUAAGCGUACGCUGGUCAUAUCGACAGCGAUUCCGAGCCCUGCGAACCACUGCGGCAGCGAAACUGUAACGAGCGAGACGCCAAAAAGCAACUGCAGCAGCUCUGCAGCCGCUGCACUGUGCUGCAGGAGAGAGCGAUGAGCGCCUUCAAGCGCACGCGCCUGACGCCAGCGCCGCCCUCGACGACAUUGCAACAAGCAGAAGCGAGCGAAGCGCGCUACUGGAGCAGAGUCAAGGCGGCCUUCUCCGUCGACUUUGCAAGUCCAGUAGUAGCCUGCGCCUUCGGCCCGGGCCUCGUCAGAGGCGCCGACGGCGCGCCGACACAUAGACUCGCCGUGUGUGCUGGUUUAGAUGUGAAAGUCCUAUCGAUACGAGCGGGCCGAGCCGUGGAGUCGGCAAAAAGUAGAUCAGUAGGCAAAUUGAAGGACGUCGCGCAGAGCGUCUCCUGGCGCCGGGACGGCCGCCUGCUCUGCGUCGGCGACGGGAAGGGUUCUGUACAUGUGGUGGACGCCCAGACGGGCGCGACGCUGCGACGAUUGACCAAGGGUCAUGAGUUGUUAUGUAGGGACGCCUGCUUUUUGCGAAGUAACGACGUCGUGUCCUGUAGCGACGACAAGUCCAUCGUCGCGUGGGACUCGGUGACGGGCCAGCCCGUGAAGAGAAUAAAGGAUGCUCACGAGGACGUCGUCAAGUCGAUCUGCGAAGUUGACGGUCUCGUGGCGUCGUGCGGCUACGAUGGUUUGGCAAAAUUAUGGGACUUGAGGACCGGCGGGUCUGCUGUCAGGCAGUUUAAUCAUCGGGGCCAGUGUGAAGUUAUCAAACAAUGCGGUUCCUCACUGUUUGCGACCGCGGGCGGUAAUGAUAUUUGCGUGUGGGACACUUCAAAUGAUAGGGCGCCGGUGCACCGGUUUAGGGACGCCCAUGCUAGAAGUGUUGGAGCUUUGUGCGUCGAUGCUGACGAAGAUAGGUUGGUGACUGCUGGGUUGGAUGGGCUGGUCAAGGUCCAUUCAUUACGGGACCACACGACCGUCGCGCGGGCGGCAGCUCGCUACGCGCACGAGUGCCUCUGUGUCGCCGUCGCGCCGGAGAAUAGAGUACUAGUGGUGGGUACCGCUAGAGGGUUAUUGGACGUGCGCGCGCGGGAAGAGAAGAAACACAAGGACCGGAAAAAGACCUUGCAACCGCCCGGAGGCACGUUUAGGCACUUCAAUAGAGGACAGGGCUUCGCGCCGGGGUCCUCGAUCAAGAAUCUCGUUGUUGUUGGUAGUAACAAGACGGAGCAUAAGCGCCUGGCGCCGCACGACGAAGCCUUGCGGAAGUUUCGGUACGGGGAUGCGUUGGAUGAGGCCCUGCGGACUAGGGAUCCUAUAAUAGUGGUCUCCGUGCUCGACGAGUUGGAGCGACGCGGCGGCCGGCGGAACGCGUUGCAGCGACGUGAUGAAAAAAGAUUGGAGCCCGUGCUGGCGUUCGUCGCGGCGCACGUGGCGCACCCGCGCUACGCCGAGUCGCUGACGGGCGUCGCGGCGCAAUUGGCGGACUUGUACGGCGACGCGCUCGGCGCGCAUCCGGCUUUGGACGAACUGUUCGCGAAGAUUUCCCAGAACAUCGCGUCGGAGGCGUCCUCGCAGAAGGCGCUGCUCGGGCUGUCCGGGGCCGUCGGCGUGUUGUUGGCGGAGAACGACGCGCGGUCUUUACGGCUGGAGCGGGCGAGGGAGGAGGUCGCGCCGGUGGACGAUGAGGGAUAAGUAGAGAUGAUGAAAUGCUUAGAGUAGGCCGC